AUGGCAACGGGCGGCCAGUCGUUCUACGAGCUCUAUCGCCGUAGCAGUAUCGGCAUGGCUCUGACAGAUACCCUUGAUGAUCUCAUCAGUGACGAGCGGAUCAACCCUCAGCUGGCUAUGAAGAUCCUGGGUAACUUUGACCAGGCCAUCACCGAGGCGCUGCAAAAGAACGUCAAGGCACGCCUGAGUUUCAAGGGAAGCCUCGACACGUACAGAUUCUGCGACGAAGUAUGGACUUUCCUCAUUCGAAACGUUCAAUUCAAGAUGGAUGGAUCCAGCGUUGCCGUCCAGGCCGACAAGGUCAAGAUUGUCAGCUGCAACGCCAAGAAGCCUGGGGAGACCUAG